AGAUAAAGCGAUCACCGUUUUCUCACCUUAUCCGCUCCGACGAAGCCGCUUCUCAACAAUGGCGACGGCGCUUCUCCACUUCUCCGCCGCAUCGGCCGCCUCCACUCCCCUCUACACCACUUCCAUUUUCCCCCGAGGGCUCCCUUCCUCUGCCGCCCGAGUCCACUGCCCCCCACCAUUUGUCCGACGGCGGGGGCGGGCAUCGAUGAUGGCGAAGGCGUACAAGGUAACGAUCGAACACGAGGGGGAGGCGCGGACGGUGGAGGUGGAGGAGGACGAGACGAUCCUGGGGCGGGUGCUGGAGGAGGGGCUGGCGGUGCCACACGACUGCAAAUUGGGGGUUUGCAUGACCUGCCCUGCCCGGCUGGUGAGCGGCACCGUGGACCAGAGCGACGGUAUGCUCAGCGACGACGUCAUCGAGAAGGGAUACGCCCUCCUCUGCGCCUCCUACCCGCGCUCCGACUGCCACAUCAGCACCAUCCCCGAGGAGGAAUUGCUCUCCCUCCAGCUCGCCACCGCCAACGAUUGACGUAAGCCCUAGUACUCGAGUCGUUGAUUUCGCCGAUGAGGGCAAUUAAAUCAGUAGAAAUAUAUAUAUAUAAAUUGCAUCUUUAGUCUUUUUGAUAGAGCUUUAUGGUUGGUUGUUCAUGAUCUGCUUUCUUUGGUUUGGGACCUUCUCAUUGUUCUUGACUAAUGAACAUAAGAAUGUCUUAAGUUGUUCAGCCAUUGGUGUAAGUUAAAAUAAUUAUACUUA